AUGGAUGACAAAAAGACUCCCGAAGAACGUCCUGAGGAUAUUGGAAGCGUUGUUGAACAGCUUCCUGAUUUCUCAGCGUUCCCUUCUCUCUAUCUGACUCAACUGAGAGUAACGAUGAGACCAGAACACGGCCAACCCAUGACCCUGCUUCAGUACCUGGAGAAAGAUCCUGUCAAGAAACUUACAACCCAACACCAGACACCAAAGAAAUGGCUCGAGAACCUCACUACAGUCGACUUCAGAGACCCUAACUCCAUUAUCAACCUUCAAUUCGACUUGGCUGAGUAUAAUGUAGGGAAUAUCAUUCUCUGCACUAAUGGCAAAGACGCCUUUGCUGUUUCGCCAUAUCCUGGAGCUAUGACCGUGGACGAUACGCCUGCCCUGAAGGACUCCGAUGUUCAUCCAGGUCUACUCUCUCUCGAGUUUGUGGAUGAUCCUGAAAAUCUUUCCGUUUCUGAGCCCGGCGAGAGUGCCAAAUCAUCAGAAAUCGGUCAACCACUUCCUUCUCUGGUAAUGCCCAUUGGACAUUUUCUCAAAGGAUAUAUAACAGAAAGCGGCAUUAUGGAUUUAGAUGACACCAACUACGUCCUUGUUGUCGAUGCUGUCGCAUCUGCACAUCCUGUUUGGCUGAUUUUUGAUCGGAAUGCUAAAGAUAUGUUCGAGGAGGAGGAGGAAGACGACAAGGAAGACAAAAAAGGAGGCGACGGAAAAGACAACAACAAGGACAUCCAUCCCGACACAGUUGAGUUGGUUUUCGAUGGGACAGAGAGGAAUUUUGAUGCUGCCCAAGUGUUGCCAAGCAUCCAAGAUUGGUUCGAGUCCUAUGAGAACCUCAGUGUCACUCAGAUUCGGGACUCCUUUCGAAAGACAGGGUUGACUGGAAAGAUCAAGGCUAGGGAGGUUACUGCCGGGGAUGCCAGUGUACUCUGGAACAAAGAUACCACUGCUGACAAGAACAAAUAG